GGAAGCCAGAACCCUCUUCUUCUCCUUCUAUCUGUCAUUGCCAAUUCUGGAACUCCAUUUUUGAAAAUCCCACUUUUCUCCCUCAAAUCCCCAAAACCCCCAAAUUAUUCGAAACCCUAGGCAUUUCUCUUCUCCCCAUCGCACAUUACACAACACAAUCAUCUCCUACACAAACCUCUAUGUAUAUACACAUUUGAGGAUUUGAUCCAACCAGAACAAAUUUACGAUUUUGCCCCGCCGGAAAAUGGCGUCAACGAAGCUGAUGGCUUCAUCGGCCUCGCGGAAUUCCGAUCGAAGGAAAUCGUCGGCUGCCUCGUCGUCUUCAUCCUCUACGAUGCCGAAUGAUUUGCACAAUCAGCAGUAUUCGAAUAACGGGAGUAAUAAUAGUAGUAAUUUGGAGGCGACUUCCAUGACGGUUGAUGGAAUUUUCCGUAAUGUGUAUGGGGAAGGUCAGGGGACGGAGACUAAUACUUUGUUGAAUGCGAAUAUUACAUUACUUGAUGCUGUUGGAGCGAUAACGCCGAUCAGUGAUUCCGAGACAGCGACGGUGAGUGGGGUACCUUUGGUUAGGAGGACGGUGGAUGAUGUGUGGAGGGAAAUUGUGGAGGGGAAGAGGGAGCAGAGAAGAGCGGAAGUUGCCGGCUGUAAGGAGGAGGCAGUGGAUGAAAUCAUGACGCUGGAAGAUUUUCUGGUGAAAGCUGGAGCAGUUGAGGAGGAGGCACUGGCUGGGCAGGGGCCAGUGCAAGGUGAGGUGAAGGUUGAACUAGGAACUGAGAGGUUGAGUGGUGGAAUUUUUGCAUUUGAUUCCCCAUAUAUGGCCACGCCGCAGCAGAGCGUGCAAGGAUAUGGAAAUGGAAUGGAUGUGAUUGGAGGUGGGAGAGGGAAGAGGAAAACCAUUUUGGAACCUUUAGAUAAGGCGGCUCUGCAGAGGCAGCGGAGGAUGAUUAAGAACAGAGAGUCAGCUGCCCGGUCUAGAGAGCGGAAACAGGCUUAUCAAGUGGAACUUGAGUCAAUAGCAGUUAGAUUAGAGGAGGAGAAUGAACAGCUGUUGAAAGAGAAGGAAGAGCGAACCAGAGCACAUUAUAAGCAGAUAAUAGAGAAAGUGAUUCCAGUUGUGGAGAAGCGAAAACCGCCUCGUGUCCUGCGAAGAGUUUGCUCCAUGCAGUGGUAAUAUAUCAUUGUGAGACGGGCAUAGUUUAAAAUUAAUGCCUUCUGAUAUAGAUAAAGAGUAAAGGAGCCUAAACAUGCUGGGGGUAAGUGAUAUAACAUGAGGAUGGAUAAUUUAGCGGAUGAUGAUUCUUUCUGAGUGGUAGUGCUUCCUUUGUAAAGAGCAGUAUCGUGGCCUGGAAAAUCUAUAACGGGAUCUAAUAUUUAUGUAGUGGAGAGGGAGUUCAUCGAAAUCAAAACAAUUAUUUAGUUAGUUGUAGUUAUAGGAGGUUUAGAAUGCAAAUGCCUCACUUGUUAGAUUGGAUACACACAAG